AUGACUAGAUCUGUAGUGGUGAGUUCUGAGAUGGUCAAGAUUGCUGAACUAGAGGAGAAAAUGAGAGAUCUCCAAGAGGAGACUCGAGGAAUGAAGGAGGAGGCAAAGAAAACUUCUCUGGAACUUAAUUCUUUCAGGGAGGAAUUUCGGGCUUUCAUGAGCAUUAUGAUGGAGGAUAAAAACAAAGAAAAAGGAAAGGAAAUUUGUAGCAGUGAUGAGGACAGACCUGGAGUGCAUGAAAACAGGGGGCUGUUGGACAGAUCUAGAGUGCAUGAAAAUAGGGGGCUGUUACCCAUUCCUUCUCAAGGUAAUUCUAGAAACUCUAAUAAUUCUUUUAGUUGUGAGGGAUCAAACCCUUAUCUGCCUAAGAUUGAAUUGAUGACUUUUGAUGGAAAUGCUCCUAGGGUUUGGAUUAGGAAAUGUGUUAAAUAUUUUGAUGUGUAUGGAGUGCCAAUGGAUAAAAGGAUUGGGAUUGCUAGUCUGUUUUUAACUGAUAAGGCAGAUGCAUGGUUUCAUAACUGGAAUAGGGAAAAGAGUCAUUCUUGGAAGGAAUUUGAGCAGAGUAUUUGUGAGAGGUUUGGGGAUCAAGGGUUACAAGAUAUUAUUGAGGAAUUUAUGAAGUUAAGGCAGGAGGGGACUGUGGAUGAAUAUCAAGAUACUUUUGAGGAUCUAAGGAUUAGAAUGGAGAGGGUUAUGCCAGAUUUGGGUGAAUCCUAUUUUCUUUCAGGAUUUAUUGGGGGUUUGAAGGAUGAGGUGAGACUUAUGGUAAGAAUGAUGAAACCAACCACUCUUUCUCAAGCAAUUGAGGUUGCUAGACUGCAAGAGCAACUUUUGGAUAAUACCAGAAGGUACAAAGGUCCUGCUAAGAAUUCUUAUACCACUAUUAAGGAAUUAGAAGGGGAAAAUGAGGAAGAAGGUUUGAAUAUGUUAGAGGAAUCACAGGAGUUGGAAAAUAUGGGAGAACCUAUGCUAUCAAUAUAUGCUGUGGAAGGGAAGCAAGGGAAUGAAACUAUUAAAGUCUUGGGGAAGCAUAAAAGUAGACAGUUGGUGAUUCUUAUUGAUACAGGGAGUACUAAUAGCUUCUUGGAUAGGAAAGUUGCUAAGGAAUUGAAGCUUCCAAUGGUGGAAAUACCAGCUGCCCAUAUUUCUGUUGCUGAUGGGAGGAAAAUUACUUGUGAACACAAAUGUCAACACUUUUCUUGGCAAAUGCAGUCUCAUCAUUUCAAUUUUGACUUCAGGAUUCUGCAGUUGGGAAGUUUCGAUAUGAUUUUAGGGGUUGAUUGGCUUAAAAGUUUUAAUCCAAUUUUGUUUGAUUUUAAGGCUUCAAGGGUUAUAUUGAGUGGUUAUGGGAAACCAAUUGUUUUACAAGGGCUGAAUGAUUACUCUUCAGGAUCUAUUCUGAAAUCCUGUGAUACUAUUUCUAAAUUACUUCAAAAAGGAGGGACUGAUUUAGCAACACCUAUUUUUUGUGUUUCAGUUUCAGAAAGUGAGCAAAAUGAUUACAUUGUUAAUGCAAGUGCGAUGCAUGUGGGUGAGGGUUUAGAGCAGCUAUUGCAAAAGUAUCAUAGUAUUUUUGAGGAACCCCAUGGCCUUCCACCAUUUAGAAGCCACAAUCAUUCCAUUCCAUUGAAUUCAACUUCUCAGGCCAUUAAUGUUAGGCCAUACAGGUAUCCCCAUUUUCAGAAAGUUGAAAUUGAAAAGUUAGUUUCUGAUAUGCUGCAAUCUCAUAUCAUUCAGCCUAGUACUAGCCCAUAUUAUUCUCCGGUCCUUCUAGUGAAGAAAAAAGAUGGGACAUGGAGAUUUUGUGUUGAUUAUAGGAAAUUGAAUGAUCAAACAAUCAAGGAUAAGUUCCCUAUUCCUAUUAUUGAUGAUCUACUGGAUGAAUUGCAUAGAGCUUGUGUUUUUUCCAAGAUAGAACUUAGAGUAGGCCAUAAUAUGGAGACACAUUUGCAGCACCUAGAAGUGGUGUUUAAGGUUCUACAAGAGCAGCAAUUAUAUGCAAAAAUGUUCAAAUGUUCUUUUGGGAAGACUCAAGUGGAGUAUUUGGGUCAUAUAAUUUCAGGGGAAGGGGUAGCAACAGAUCCAAAGAAAGUGCAGGCCAUGAUUACUUGGCCAACCCCUAUUUCUGUUAAGGAAUUGAGGAGUUUUUUGGGGCUCACUAGCUACUAUCGAAAGUUUAUAAGGAACUAUGGUAUCAUUAGUAAACCCUUGACAGAUUUAUUGAAGAAGGAUGCUUUCCAAUGGGGUCCAGCAGCUCAAGAAGCCUUUAACAGGCUCAGGCAGGCUAUAACUGAAGCUCCUGUUCUUGCUUUGCCGAAUUUCGGAAAAAAUUUUGUUAUUGAGACUGAUGCUAGCAACUGGGGAAUGGGUGCAGUAUUGCAACAGGAGAAUCAUCCUAUUGCUUUUAUUUCUAAAGCUUUUGGACCUAGAUCACAGACCCUAUCUGUGUAUGAAAAGGAGCUUUUGGCCAUUACCUUUGCUGUCUCUAAAUGGAGACAUUACUUGGAGCAAGGUCAAUUCUUCAUAAAAACUGACCAUGAGAGUAUCAAGCAUCUUUUAGAGCAAAGGUUACAUACUGGAUUACAGCUGAGGGGAAUUUCAAAAUUAUUAGGCCUUGAUUAUAAAAUUCUCUAUAGAAAAGGAGUUGAAAAUAAAGUGGCUGAUGCCUUAUCUAGAAGGCCUGAUAGGACAGUUCAGCAAGUCAAUGUAUUGCAACUGUCCAAUUCUUCUGUUACACCAACUUGGAUGUCCAAUUUGGUUCAUAGUUAUGAGGGUGAUGAGAAAGCAUUAGAGUUGCAAAGAACUCUUUCAUUGGAUCCUAAUGCAUAUCCUGGUUAUAGGUUGAAAAAUGGACUGAUCCAUUAUAAGGAUAGAAUGUAUGUGGAAAUUUGCUACGGUUUGAGGCGUAAUUUAUUGGCACUUUAUCACAAAGACCUGCGGUUGGGGACAUUCAGGGUGCAUGCUACUCACAUGAGAGACAAGCAGCAUGUGCUUCAAGGCCUCAUUAAAUGGGCUAAUCUACCUGCUGAAGAUGCUACUUGGGAAGAUCAAGCUUCUCUCUUAGCUCAAUUCCCUGAAUUUUCACAUUCUUGGGGACAAGAAUGUGGUAAUGGGAGAGGGAUCCAAAACCCUAACACACUUACACGUCCUAAUAUAUCAUUCUCAGUAUACAAAGUGUCCCAAUUUGUUCACAAUCCUACUGAAACUCACAAGGCAACAAUAGAAAGGAUUCUUCGCUAUCUCAAAGCAACAAUGCACCAUGGGGUUUUUCUUUCCAAGUUGACUAGUUCUGCUUUAAAUGUAUAUAGUGAUGCUGAUUGGGCAUCCAGCUUAGAUGACUGGAAGUCUACAUCCGGAUAUGCUAUCUUUAUGGGCAGCAAUCUUAUCUCUUGGUCCGUUAGAAAGCAGAAUACCGUCGCUUGUUCCUCUACUGAAGCUGAACACCACGCAGUUGGUGCAGCUGCAACAGAAGUGGUUUGGAUCCAAUCUUUACUUCGAGAAAUAUCACAAGUCUCUCCCAUUGUUCCCAUUUUAUGGUGUGACAAUAUCGGAGUGACUUACCUUUCUGCCAACCCUCUAUUUCAUGCCUGCAUGAAACAUAUUGAAGUAGAGUUUCAUUAUGUUCAUGACUUAGUAACCUCCAAACAACUUCAGGUCUGGUUUUUAUCCUUGAAAGACCAACUGGUUGAUGUUCUUAAGGAGGCUUUAACUUGA